CUUCUCUCCUAGACUGAUGGCGACUUAUGUAGUGGUCGGCCUUCCCACCAGAAUGCCUUCUUUUUCGAAGAGCCCCUUUACUAGUACUAGUAAGGGCGCAGAAAGCAAAAAAACUUGCGCGAAGGACGUUUUCUUCUCUGCCUUCUCCUCUCCAAAGGCCAAGGGAGAGACUGCAUCCCUUUCCUUCGGUAGCUCUUUUGGUUUCCCAAGGAUAGCGGUAGCUGGGGCAAAGCCCGCUUUCUUCGCUCCGCGAAUGAGAGAGAAAGUCAGAGGAAAAAACACGAUCUCUCUUUGCGAGAUCCGAAAGUGGAGAACGCAUAGCAUUCUCUGGGCACAUAGGAUCAAAGGUAAAGCAGCGCUCUCUUGGCAGAGGCGGCAAGAGACUUUAGGGCUUGUUGGAGCUUCUGAGCAUAACGAAUCGAAGCCGAAGACGGAUCAAGGCUUUUAUACCAAGGCGAUAGACGAAGGGCCGAAGGAUGGAACGNAAAUGCCUAAUGCCUAUUAUCUAGUGCUAGAAGCUAACCGCCAGAAGCUCACCCUUCGGGUGUCGCUUCCAGCGCAGGAGGCCAAGCAUUCUGCGUCACGUCCCGGCCUGGGAGCCCCGCAUUCUGGUGGUAAGACCGACGACUACACUAAGGAACAACUCACAUCCAAACAUCUGAUUGGGGAACGGGGCAACGCCCAUGAAGCUCCGGCGGAAAGGGAAGGCCUGCCAGGCCGUAUGCCCAUGGGUGCAGGAUUCUUCGAAAAGGCGCGGGCUGACUCGGAGACCUGGGACCUUGGCUUAGCAACGAAUGAAGGGAAGCUCGAAGAGCUUUCUCCGCCAGCGGCUUAUGUAGUGGUCGGCCUUAUAAAGCUCGCUAAGCUUCGCUUCGCUCCCCCCUAUCCUUAUUAA